AUGGGAAAGCACGAUGUGACUCACAAUGGGAUCUUGUGUACCAGGAAUGAGACGAAGAUGUGCGAAAUUGAGUUAGUGACGGAAGUCAGUGGCAUAGGCUCCAAGACGAUUUGUUCUAACGUCAUGACUAUGCGGAAGCUGAACCUUGUACAUAAGAGUGUUUGUAAAGAUUUAGAGGGUUAUCUAGUCAACUGGCUUGCCGUGUUUUGGGGUGGGCCUAAUGCUCCUAACAGGUGUUUACAAAGACAUGACACUGACAAUCAAAUACUUAGUAUGGAAAUGAUUGCUGGGGUCUAUAAAAUAUAG